AGAGUGCGGCAAGAGGGCGCUGCUGAGAGCACUGCUCUGCCGUUGAACUGCGCGAGCGAGCGGAGCCUCAGUACCAGACCGAGAGCAGCACGGAUCGGUGCCAGAGAGAGACGGAGGAACGAUUCUGUCGCUAUAUGCCGCCGCUACCGCACGGAACAUUAUAACGCAGCGGAAAACGGCCAACUCUAUCGGUUUCUUCAUAAAGGACGGAAUUUAAACGAUGUACCGUUCGGGAGGCGUGAUGCUGGGGCUUCUCGCCGCUCUGCAGGUGGCGGUCCAGGGCACAGGGGCAAUGCCAUGUCAGCCAGGUUUCACUGAGAACGAGUACAACGUCAUGACCACCGACGUCAUCACCGAGGGACAAGUUCUACUCAAAGUGGAUUUCGUGGACUGUGGCCGAGGUUCUGGCUUGCGUUUCGAGAGCAGAGACCCUGCGAAUUUCCGGAUAGAGGCCGACGGGACGGUUUUUGCAGCACGGACCCUGCAGCUAUCUGACAGGAAGGGGCGGAGCUUGGAGAUUAAGGCCAAGGACGUGAAGUCUCAAGAGGAAUGGCUGGUGCACGUCAACUUCACCCAACCCAAGCAGGUGCCAGAGAUACUGUUUCCGUGGCACAGUGUGGUUGUCAAGGGCGACGGCAGUCUGAAUCGCGUGAAAAGAGACUGGGUCAUUCCUCCUGUCAACGUGCUUGAGAACUCCAGAAAACAAUUCCCUGAAGAGCUUGUGAAAAUCCAGUCAGAUAAGGACAAGAGUAACACACUGCGCUAUAGCGUGACCGGACCAGGAGCCGACCAGAACCCCACCGGCCUGUUUAUCAUCGACCCCAUUACAGGAUUCCUGUCCGUCACCAAACCGCUGGACAGAGAACACAUCCCAAAUUUCCAUCUACGUGCUCAUGCUGUAGACAUCAAUGGGAACCAGAUGGAGAACCCCAUCGACAUCAUCAUCAAUGUCAUCGAUAUGAACGACAACCGGCCCGAGUUCACUCACCAGAUCUGGAACGGAACCGUGGAUGAGGGCGCCAAACCGGGUACAUUUGUAAUGACAGUGACCUCCCAGGAUAAGGAUGACCCAAAUACAGCCAAUGGGAUGCUCAGAUACAAGAUCCUCUCCCAGACUCCAGAGAGCCCCUCCUCCAACAUGUUCACUAUCAACAACAAGACUGGCAAAAUCAUCACUGUAGCUGCAGGUCUAGAUCGUGAGAAGGUGCCUCAGUACACCCUGAUCAUUCAGGCUACCGACAUGGAGGGAAACCCCACCUAUGGUCUGUCCAACACUGCCACUGCUGUCAUACGCCUGCUGGAUGUCAAUGACAACGCUCCAGAGUUCACCCGAGAGACUUUCCACGGUGAGGUCCCAGAGAACCGUGUGAAUGUGAUAGUGACGAAUCUCACCGUGACUGACAAAGAUGAACCGGGGACUCCUGCCUGGAAUGCAGUGUACCGGGUCAUAUCAGGGGAUCCAACCGGACGCUUCUCCAUCCCUACUGAUCCCGUUACCAACGAAGGCCUCGUCACCGUCGUCAAGCCAAUUGAUUUUGAGAUGAAUCGAUCAUUCAUGCUGACGGUUUUCGCUGAAAAUGAGGUGCCGCUGGCGAGUGGGAUCCAUCGCACCCGCCAGUCUACAUCCACCGUGUCCAUACGUGUCAUCGAUGUGAACGAAAGCCCAAAUUUUGAGCCCAACCCCAAACAGGUCAAACUGGAGGAGGGACUUCCACAGUGGUCGAUGCUGGCGACUUUUACAGCUCAUGAUCCAGACAGAUACAUGCAGCAGACUAUUAGGUACUCUAAAUUGUUUGACCCUGCCAACUGGCUAGAGAUCGACCCCAACAACGGACGAAUUUCCACCAUUGCUGUCCUGGACCGAGAGUCUCCAUAUGUCAAAAACAACCUCUACAACGCCACAUUCAUGGCCGCUGAUAACGGUGUUCCCCCUGCGAGUGGGACGGGUACUCUUCAGAUCUACCUGCUGGACAUAAACGAUAACGCACCUCGAGUCUUUCCUCAAGAAACAGAAGUCUGCGAGCGCCCCGAACCCAAUGCCAUCAAUAUCACAGCCGUAGACGGUGAUCUCAACCCCAACGCUGGGCCCUACGCUUUCGAACUGCCCAACCGACCCUCUGAUAUCCGAAGGAACUGGACACUGACUCGAAUCAGUGGCGAUCACGCUCAGUUAAGUCUGAAGAUUAGUUACCUGGAAAGCGGGAUAUACGAGCUGCCCAUCAGCAUCACAGACUCGGGUAACCUGCCCAUGUCCAACACCACCUACCUGCGCAUCAAAGUGUGCCAGUGCGAUCAUCACGGUGACUGCGUGGACAUGGAACGCAUCAUGGCAGCUGGACUGGGCACCGGAGCCAUCAUCGCCAUACUUAUCUGCAUCAUCAUUCUGCUGGUGCUGGUGUUGAUGUUUGUGAUGUGGAUGAAGAGACGGGAUAAAGAGAGACAGGCCAAGCAGCUGCUGAUCGAUCCAGAGGACGAUGUGCGAGACAACAUACUCAAAUACGACGAGGAGGGCGGCGGAGAGGAAGACCAGGACUAUGAUCUGAGCCAGCUGCAGCAGCCCGAUACUCUGGAGCCAGACAUGAUCAAGCCCGUCGGGAUCCGCCGGCUGGACGAGCGACCGAUGCACUCCGAGCCCAACUAUCCCAUCCGCUCGGCCGCACCCCAUCCUGGAGACAUAGGAGAGUUCAUCCACGAGGGUCUCAAGGCAGCCGACACCGAUCCCACGGCCCCUCCGUAUGACUCCCUGCUGGUUUUCGACUACGAGGGCAGCGGCUCCACGGCCGGAUCGCUCAGCUCCCUUCACUCCUCCAGCAGUGGAGGCGACCAGGACUAUGACUACCUCAACGACUGGGGCCCUCGCUUCCGCAAACUUGCUGACAUGUACGGAGGCAACGACGACUAGCUCACGCCAUCACCGCAAGACCACAUAAAGAGAAGGAGGAUCCGGAGGAGGAGGAAAAUUAAAAGAAAACAUCAAAAAAACAGUGUGGCACUUUUUUUUUAAUCGCGGGACAUGGACUGUGUGCAGAAUCAAAACAAUGAAGAAACCAAUAUACCCUAGAGAGACAGAGAAUGAAGACUGAAAAAAUGAAGAGACAAGAAAGUGGAAGGAAGAUCACCAUGGCAACAAAACCAGGUCUCUCCGAGGCCCUCUGAUGUAGACGGAGGGGGCCUAAUGAAGGAAAUCUGCCUAGUUUUGGUUCAGUCCAGGAUUUUUUCGCCGUAAGUUUGAAGGAUCAUCGGUACGAAACAUAUGAAGGAACGCUUAAAGAACGUUAAAUGAAUGCUAAGUUACACUUGAAUCUCACAGUACAGAAGCACUGGGAUAUUACGUGCCUUUUUGUACAUUUUUUUUGUUUGUUUCUUUUUUACAUUUUCCUUUCUUUUUCAGUCGUUGUUCAUUUGAUCUGAUGAUGCUGUUUUUCUGUUCAAUGGCUUUGGUGGCUCAGAGUUUUGGAGUGUUUUUUUGUCGUGAGCCUGUUUAUAACGUUGAUGCUUCUACACGCUUCUGUUUGCGUUUCUCACCAUCACGCUGUUCGUUCACGUCACGUAUCAAAACAAAGACUUUGGAAAAGUGAGAGCGUCUAGACAGAGAGAACAGCUUUGUACAGUAUGCUAGAAAAUAGAUUUCAGUUUCUCGUU